AUGGCGGCGGCCGAGGAUGUUCCGCUUGGUCCACCGGAGCGCGUUCCUGUGGCCACUGCCGUACGACAGUCGCUGAAGCGGACUUACGACAUCUUCGUAGGCAGUCACGACCAGAAGCGCCCAGAGGACACAUCCGCCACAGAGAUGAUGCUCCGCAUCAAGAUGCACGACGAGUAUGAGCACAUCAGGAACGUGCCAGACCAGGCCACAGAGGAGAGCCUCGCAAAGCUCUCCGUGAUGCAGCACGCCAUUGCCGACGAUGCCACGAGGGAGGCAACACCGUCUGCCAUCACGAGGAUGCUCACCGACGUGGGUGCCGGCGAGGGAGGCGCCGGGAGGGCGCUGCAGCGUGAGGCGGGCCCCAUCAUGCCGCUGGCGCCCAGCGACCCUUCGACCACCGUGCAGAUACGUCCCGCCCGUGCCCGGCCGGAGAUCCCCAAGCCGGUGUGGCACCCGCCGUGGAAGCUGAUGCGGGUGAUGUCUGGCCACGAGGGCUGGGUCCGGACGGUCGCCGUGGACCCCACCAACGAGUGGUUCGCCUCCGCGGGCAACGAUAGGCUGAUCAAAUUUGGGACCUGGCCAGCGGUACUCUCAAGCUCUCCCUGA